AUGGCUAAGCAGGGAUGGCUAGAGGACAAAUGUAAGGAUGUAGAGGCUUAUCUCACGAGGGGUAAGAUAGAUACUGCCUACAGGAAAAUUAAAGAAACCUGUGGAGAAAAGAGAACCACUUGUAUGAAUAUCAAGAGCUCAGAUGGAAACCCAGUUCUAAGCAAAGAAGGGAAAGCAGAAAGGUGGAAGGAGUAUAUAGAGGGUCUAUACAGGGGUGAUGUUCGUGACAACAAUAUUAUGGAAAUGGAAGAGGAUGUAGGUGAAGAUGAAAUGGGAGAUAUGAUACUGCGUGAAGAGUUUGACAGAGCACUGAAAGACCUGAGUCGAUACAAGGCCCCGGGAGUAGACAACAUUCCAUUAGAACUACUGACAGCCUUGGGAGAGCCAGUCCUGACAAAACUCUACCAUCUGGUGAGCAAGAUGUAUGAGACAGGCGAAAUUCCCUCAGACUUCAAGAAGAAUAUAAUAAUUCCAAUCCCAAAGAAAGCAGGUGUUGACAGACGUGAAAAUUACCGAACUGUCUAUUUAAUAAUUCACAGCUGCAAAAUACUAACGCGAAUUCUUUACGGACGAAUGAAAAAACUGGUAGUAGCUGACCACGGGGAAGAUAAGUGUAGAUUCCGUAGAAAUGUUGGAACACGUGAGGCAAUACUGACCCUACGACUUAUCUUAGAAGAAAGAUUAAGGAAAGGCAAACCUACGUUUCUAGCAUUUGUAGACUUAGAGAAAGCUUUAGACAACGUUGGCUGGAACACUGUCUGUCAAAUUCUGAAGGUGGCAGGGGUAAAAUACAGGGAGUGA